UAAUGGGAUGUUGUGAAGCCAAUGGAAUAAGGAAUAGAUUAGAACAAAUCAAUCCAUUCAAACAAUAAAGAGGUAUUAAUAUGAUUGAUAUAAAAGAUAAUUCUGCACCAAUCUGCAGGAAGCCAAUUUUUGAUGACAAUUCUACAUAACCAUAUAAAUCUGAAUCAUAAUAUUAUUCCUAUAAAACUCAACAAUUUAGAGUAUCUAGAAUGUCCAAAUCCCCCAAUAAAUUAGAUGAAUUUAAUACAAACCAAUAAAAAGCAUAAUAAUAACAACCUCUAUUUUAACAUAGACUAUAAACUCAACAAGCAAUUUCAUGUCCUCCAAUUAGACAAUAAUAAACUAACUAAUAUUUAAGUAAUUAAAGUUUCUCAGUACCAGUAAGUACUUUAGUUUAAUAGCCAUAAUAUAUUAUAAAUAGUCAACCUUAAUAAUGUUAAUCUUAUGUGAUAUAUCCAUAAAGCAAUAAUAUUAGCUUUCGUGGAGAUCAUGUAAACUAGAUAUUAAGUAAUCUUAAUAAUUGUAUUAAUAUUGUAAUAUUAUCUUAGAUUAAUAAAAAUUAUUUAAGACUACUUCAAAAGCGAUAAUGAAAGUUGAGGAUGAUAAAUUGACAAAUAAUGAUAGAGAAGUUAUGAAAGAUAUAUUUCAUAAUUUAGAAAAAACUUCUUGUUUUAAUUCUAAGAAAUCAAGUAAAAGUAAUUUGAGUGGAUCUAUAUAAAUGAAUAGUAAAGAACUCAAAAAGAUGUAUGAUCAAAUGAAUAAUUAACUUCAAUUAUUAAAUAAAUUAAUAGUUUGUUUAGAUAAUAAAUGGAAUUUAUAGGAUAGUAAACAAGUAAAAUUGUAAUUGAAAGAAUUUUCAGAGAAAGUUAGAGAAUUAGGAGAAGUCACUUUACAUAAUAGUAUUAUAGAAUAAUAAAUUUGUGAUAAAAGUUUUCGGUCUCAGGAGUCCUCUUUUCUACCAAGAACUAAUAAUACAUAAACUAAGGAAAUGGAUUUUAGUAAUCUUAGUGAAUAGGAGGAUAGUUAAAUUCGAUAGAUGAAAGAUAUUAUGCAAAAAUAUCGUAAUUAGACUAGUGAAUAAUAGAGUGGUCUAUUUUAGAGAGAUUUAAAUCAAACUUCAUUUAAUACAAUAAAAAAGUAAGAGAGUAAGUUAUCAUCAGAGAGAAUGAAAGAAAAUAAUUAUAAAAUGGAUUCAUUAAUAAAUAAAUUACAUAACUUGAAUUAGAGUUACAAAUUGUUAUCUAAUGAAUGA